AUGGAUAUAAACAUGGAACUGCACCAUCACCACCAACACACAAGAACCACCGACAUUUCCAGUCCAACCACCAGUUCCAACUCUCACCAUGAAUCGUCCAUGUCAAUGUCGAUGUCGAUGCCGACCGUCUUCACAACCAGCACACAAGUAACGAUCCUCUUCACCGGCUGGACCACCACCUCCAUCCCGUCCUACGUCCUCACUCUCCUAUUCCUCUUCCUCCUAGCUAUCCUCAACCGCUUUCUCACAGCUUGGAAAUCCCAACUGGAGCGAUCAUGGAAAAAUGACAAUCGACAACCCUCACCGACUCAUACCGUGACCCUUAGCGCUGUCCCACGCAGGGCCGGCUCUCGAAUCGCAAAGGAAAGACUAAGCCCGUUGCCGCGGUAUAUGCGGAUCGAUGAAGAAGAACGCCUUGAUCAUUUCCCUCAGGAGCACGAAAAUACUGAAGAAUCAGAUGAUGCGACAGCCUCUUCGUUAAGUAGGCUCCGAAAGGCCUUCCCAACGCAGAAACGAUGGCAGGCGAGUCGAGCAUGGAGUAUUCGUCAAGAUGGGCCUUUCUCGGUCUUGGAGUUUGUCAAGGCGGGGAUUGGGUAUUUUUUGAUGCUCGCCGUCAUGACCUUCAACGUGGGCGUUUUCUGCGCCGUUCUUGCCGGCAUCUUCGUCGGCGAGUUAGGAUUAGGUCGUUAUCUAGGAACGGAGCCAGGGUGGGAGGACGGGGCAUGCCAUGGAGGAUGA